AUGGUAGAUUACGCCCAGGAUGAUUAUUUGGACUGCUUUGGUGUUCCAGAAAAAAUUGGUAAGAUAGGAACAGAUAUUGAAGAUUUCAAGUGCUCUUGGUUUGUUGUGAAAGCAUUAGAACUUGCCAACGAGGAACAAAAGAAAACAUUAUUUGAGAACUAUGGGAAGCCAGACCCAACAAACGUUGCGAAAGGUGUAUAUUUGGACUAUGAGGAGACGGUGUACAGGAACCUGACAGCAACUAUUGAAGCUCAACCUAGCAAAGCUGUUCAAGCAUUGUUGAAAUCCUUCUUGGCUAAGAUAUACAAGAGGUAGAAAUUGAUAAUGAAUUAUCAAACAAGAAGGAGAGCCAGAAGAAGUUGGAAGAUGUAAAAUUUUUUAACGGGUUAUUUUCUAACCCGAUUUGUGUUUUUUAAUUUUCAGAUAAGAUUGUUGAAUUAGCAUCUUGUUCCCACCGGUUUUGCAUAGCUUGAGCUUGAAUUAAAAAAAUAAUAAUAAUUAUCCUUUUUUCUUAA